CACUUGUAGCCCUCUCCCUCCCUAUUCCAUUCCUCCAUAAUUAAAGAAUUAAUCAGUUCAAAACUAUCCAGAAGACGCCUCUUUUACCAGAAGAACACUAGCUUUUAUCUUACGAGAUGUUGGGUCCUUUUAUUUGUGGAAGUUUUCAUCACCAAGAAGAGGAAGAUGAGGCUCUGGGUUCUAGCCCAUGUUCAACUCCAAGAAAAUCAAGAAAAAGCAGCAGGGAUAGCAAGAAUCCUUAUUCGACUCGAGGCCUCGACAAGUUCUCUGCACUUCUCUCUGAUCUUGAACAGAAAAGGGCAAAGAUAUAUUCCCAGGAGGGGUCUCAAGAUAUAACUUUAGUUCGGUUUGUUUACUCCGGCUCAAAUGAUUGCGUCCCGAUUAUAGUGAAGUUGAAAGAUCAGAAUAAGCAAGAUCAAAACAAGGCCAGUGGUGUUAAAGAUGAGACAAAAGUUAAAUCAAGAACUACACAUAAAGCAGAAGCUUUGGAUAAAUCGCCAAUAGAGACAUCACCUGCUCAUCAUCAUCAUGAGCAAGAAGCUGCCAAACAAUCAAGAAUGGAAAUUGAUAAAAAGACUGAGAAGAAGAUGUUGCUUUCAUGGAACUUAAAGUUGCAUAAGUGGAGAAGACCUUCUCAUUAUAUCCCAGUGUUUAUAAUCUUGAUUUUGCUGUUCCUGGCUUUCUUCGGGAGAUCAGUAGCCAUAUUAUGCACCUCUAUCGGGUGGUAUUUAGUCCCCACAUUGAGUUCACAAAGACCAGCAAAGAAGAAGCAAUUUGUGAGAAGAUUCAGUGAGAUUUCUCCAAGAACCAACAAGAAUUUCGGGGAUUUGAAGCAGAAAUCGCCUCAUGGCCGUCAAAAUAGUUUCUGAAGAUUGUUUCAUUUUUCUUGUUCUUUCAGUUUUCUUUUUUCUUCUUCUUCCUUUUGGAGUUAGGAUUUUUGUUUCCUGUGAUGACAGAUGUUAAAAAAAAAAUCGGUGGGUUUGGUUGCAGGUUGAAAUUUCAACUCUUUGAAAUGUUCAUAAAUGUAAAUUAUACGUUCAAACUAUAUUAAUUAGAGAAUGCCCACUACCCUUGUU